CAAUGGAAUUAAUAAACGAUUUCCUCAAUCUAACUGCACCUUUCUUCACUUUCUUUGGCCUUUGCGUCUUCUUGCCCCCUUUUUAUUUCUUCAAGUUCGUGCAGUCUAUUUUCUCGACCAUUUUCUCUGAAACUCUUUAUGGGAAAGUCGUUCUCAUUACUGGUGCUUCCUCCGGCAUCGGCGAGCAAUUGGCAUAUGAGUACGCAAGUAGAGGUGCACGUUUGGCUCUGACUGCUCGAAGGAAGAACCGUCUAGAGGAAGUGGCUGAGAUUGCUCGUGAAAUUGGUUCUCCCAAUGUUUUCACUGUUCAUGCUGAUGUCUCUAAACCUGAUGAUUGUAGACGAAUCGUCGAUGAGACUAUCUCCCAUUUUGGUAGAUUGGAUCAUCUUGUAAAUAAUGCUGGAAUAACGCAGAUUGCAAUGUUUGAGAACAUUGAAGAAAUAGCUAAAACAAAAGCAGUUAUGGAUACUAACUUUUGGGGAUCGGUUUAUACAACUCGUGCUGCGCUUCCGUACCUUCGACAAAGCAACGGUAAGAUCGUGGCUAUGUCUUCCUCUGCUGCAUGGCUAACGGCCCCAAGGAUGAGCCUUUACAAUGCAAGCAAAGCAGCUGUGUUGAACUUCUUUGAGACAAUGAGGAUUGAGCUUGGCGGCGAUGUACACAUUACAAUCGUCACACCUGGUUACAUAGAAUCCGAACUCACACAAGGCAAGCAUUUCUCUGGUGAAGGCGAGUUGAUAGUCAACCAAGACAUGAGAGAUGUUCAAAUAGGAGCGUUUCCGGUAGCAUCAGCGUCAGGAUGUGCCAAGGCGAUAGUAAAUGGUGUGUGCCGUAAACAGAGAUAUGUGACGGAGCCGUCGUGGUUUAAGAUGACUUAUCUUUGGAAAGUGUUUUGUCCUGAAGUGAUUGAGUGGGGUUGCCGGUUAAUGUUCAUGACCGGACAUGGUACGUCCGAGUAUGACUCACUCAACAAGAAGAUCAUGGACAUUCCUGGUGUACGUAGUGUUUUGUACCCGGAAUCUAUCAGAACACCGGAAAUCAAGUCGGAG